AUGGCGGCGCCGGGGCUGUCGAAGGCCGAGUACCUGCGGCGGUACCUGAGCGGCCCCGCCGAGCCCGGCCCGCCCCGCCGCCGCCGCAGGAGGAAACCGCCGGGCGGCACCGCCAGGGGCGGGAUGCGGAUCGUGGAUGACGAUGUGAGCUGGAACAGCAUCGCCGCCGCCCCGGAGAAGGAGGAGGAGGAGGACGAAGGGGACAUGCCUGUGGUGGCAGAGUUCAUUGAUGAGCGCCCCGAGGAGGUGAAGCUCAUGGAGGAAUUCCGAACAAACUCCAAAUGGAAGCUCCUGGGAGAUGAGGACUCACAGAGUUCGGAUGUGUCGGGAUCUGCCAAGUCUGCCUCGAGGCGGCGGCGCCACGACUCCCCAGAGCCCUCGGCCCCAGCAGGGAAACACAACGGCUCCCUGGGGCUGUCUGCUCCCAGGAGACAGAGACACGACAGCCCUGAUGUGUCCCCUCCCCGGAGACAGAGACACGACACCCCUGACCCAUCCCCUCCCAGGAGACAGAGACACGACAGCCCUGACCCCUCACCUCCCCGGAGGCAGAGACACGACACCCCUGACCCAUCCCCUCCCCGGAGGCAGAGACACGACGCCCCUGAUGUGUCCCCUCUCCGGAGACAGAGACAUGAUACCCCUGACUCAUCCCCUCCCAGGAGACAGAGACACGACAGCCCUGACCCAUCCCCUCCCCGGAGGCAGAGACACGACGCCCCUGAUGUGUCCCCUCUCCGGAGACAGAGACACGACACCCCUGACCCAUCCCCUCCCAGGAGACAGAGACACGACACCCCUGACCCAUCCCCUCCCCGGAGGCAGAGACACGACACCCCUGACCCAUCCCCUCCCCGGAGGCACCGUCACAACACACCAGACUCGUCACCUCCCAAAAAGCAGCGUUGUGACACCCCAGAUCUGUCACCUCCCCGGCGGCGGCGGCGUCACGAUACCCCUGACCCCUCCCCUCCCAGGAGACAGAGACACGACACGCCAGACUCGUCACCUCCCAGGAGACGACGUCCUGGCACCCCAGAUCUGUCACCUCCUCGACGGCGACAGCGUCACGAUACCCCCGACCCAUGUCCUCCCAGGAGACAGAGACAUGACACCCCAGAUCUGUCCCCUCCCCGGAGACAGAGACAUGACACCCCAGAUCUGUCCCCUCCCAGAAGACAGAGACAUGACACCCCAGAUCUGUCCCCUCCCCGGAGACAGAGACAUGACACCCCAGAUCUGUCCCCUCCCCGGAGAGAGAGGCACGACACCCCAGAUCUGUCCCCUCCCAGGAGGCAGAGACACGACACCCCAGAUCUGUCCCCUCCCCGGAGACAGAGACAUGACACCCCAGAUCUGUCCCCUCCCCGGAGGCAGCGUCAGGAUUUGUCACCUCGCAGAGAGAAGCCGGGGUCCCCGAGCGGGAGGAAGAGCAGAACGAAAGGACGGGCUUCUCCCACCCAGAGGGACCAGCAGAGGUCACGGAGCCCCCCGGAGCACUCCCCACACCACCGGGAUGCCAAGGGCUCUCCCAAGAAGGCUAGCACCAUGUCAUCUGGAGCCAAAGCGGGCCUGGUGUCGGCCGAUGUGCUGCAGAGGGAGAAGCAGGAGCUCAAGAAGCACGAGAGGAGCACCAGGCACCUGGAAGAGGAAUCCCGGAACGCUCAGACCGUGUUCCGAGACAAGUCUGGCCGCAAGAGGAACCUGGCCCAGGAGCAGCUGGAGCAGAGGCUGAAGGCUGAGGCAGAGGCCAAGAGGGAAGAGCAAUAUGCCAAGUGGGGAAAAGGGCUGGCACAGGAGAGGCAGCAGCAGCAGAACGUGGAGGAUGCAGUCAAGGAGAUGCAGAAGCCCUUGGCCCGUUACAUCGAUGACCAGGACCUGGACCGAAUGCUGAGGGAGCAGGAGAGGGAAGGAGACCCCAUGGCUGCUCUCAUCAAGAAGAGGAAGGCCAAGGAGAACAAGGAGAAAGAAAAACCCAGGUACAAGGGACCAGCACCUCCCCUCAACAGGUUCAACAUCUGGCCCGGGCACCGCUGGGACGGUGUGGACAGGUCCAACGGCUUCGAGCAGCAGCGCUUCGCCCGCAUUGCCAACAAGAAGGCAGUGCAGGAGCUGGCCUACAAGUGGAGCGUGGAGGACAUGUAGGGACAGCUCCUGCAGUGCCCCACAGGCACCACCUCUGCACAGCCCUGAGGAGUGGCCUGCUCUCCCUGCAGCCUGCCCUGUGC